UUUUAUAUAUCAGUUUUUCUUGUCCUUUUCCUUUCCCUUUCACUUUUUUUUAGCACUUUUUCGCUGUGCUCCUUUAGACUUUCUUGGUUACUUGUGACUUGUUACUUGUGAUAUACUUGAUAUGGUCAAUACCAAUAAAACUCCUACCCGCACUGUGAGGACGAGUUCUGGCUUGGUGCAAGGUUAUGUCGACACCGAUCAAGAGUGUCCACUCGAGGUAUUCCUCGGCAUCCCGUAUGUCCAUCCCCCUAUAGGCGAUCGACGGUUCCGACCACCGGAGCCUUUGAAAGAUGAUCCCUCAUCGACCGAAGUUCUAUCAUGUAUGGAUCACACGCCUGCUGCACCUCAAACACCGAUGCCUUUCGAUACGUUGAUGAGCAUAGACAUUGGAGUACAGUCGGAAGACUGUCUCCACUUGAACAUUUGGUCCCCGGCUCAGGAUGCAGAUGCACGGCUUCCUGUUCUUGUAUGGUUCCAUUCAGGAGCUUGUCUCAGGUAGCGGAUGACUGGUCGG